AUGAAAGGUAGCGGGGUUUCCCCAAAUAGGAACACCUAUAAUAUCUUGGUUCAUGGCUAUUGUAAGUUGAGGUGGUUGAAGGAGGCUGCCGAGGUUGUCGAGUUGAUGAGAGCAAACGACAUGGUACCGGAUAUUUGGACUUAUAAUACAAUCAUGAGGGCCUACAAUACUUUGGUUGACGGGUGUUUUCAAUGGCGGGGGAGUGUGGAGGCAUUCAAGUUGGUUGAGGAAAUGAAGGGAAAGGGAGUCAAGCCGAACGCGGUGACUCACAAUAUAAUGGUGAAGUGGUACUGUAAGGAAGGUAAGAUGGAUGAAGCCGGCUGUGUCGUGGCAAAGAUGGUGGAGAGUGGGUUUUCACCGGACUGUUUUACUUAUAAUACUAUGAUCAAUGGUUAUUGUAAAGCAGGAAAUCUGGGAGAAGCUUUUAAGAUGAUGGAUGAAAUGGGGAGGAAAGGUUUAAAGAUGGAUACUUUUACUCUGAACACUAUAGUACACAGAUUGUGCGUGGAGAAGCUGCUCAAAGAGGCAUACGAGUUGACUGUGAAGGCUGCAAAGCGAGGUUAUAUUCUCGAUGAGGUAACCUAUGGAACUCUAAUCAUGGGAUACUUUAAAAAUGAACAAACAAACAAAGCUCUGAAGCUUUGGGAUGAGAUGAAGGAGAAGGGGAUCAUUCCUAGUGUUGUCACUUAUAACACUAUAAUUAGGGGGUUGUGCCAUUCUUUAAAAACUGAUCAGGCUGUAGAUAAAUUGAAUGAGCUUUUAGAUAAAGGUUUGGCCCCCAAUGAAGCUAUGUGUAACAUAAUUAUUCAUGGUUACUGCUGGGAGGGAGCAGUGGAGAAAGCAUUCUUGUUCUAUAACAGAAUGGUUGAGAACUCAUUCAAGCCGGAUGUUAUUACAUGUAACAUUCUUCUUUGAGGGCU